CAACUGGGGGGCAGCUGGGGUUGUAUAUAUGACAAAUAACUCUGAAGAGAAGAGUGGAGUUCCCCUGUAACACUUUUGGCUGUGUGGUUAUCUCCAUCCAUCUUUCCAUUUCCUCAAGGCUUUCCUGUAUUUCCUGAAAGCAGAUAUGACUUUCCACAGGCACUCAGGCCCCCGCAGCUAUCUGAGCUCCACCAUGAGCGAGCGUUUCGACUGCUUCUACUGCAGAGAGAACCUGCAGGGCAAGAAGUACGCCAAGAAAGAUGACAAGCCUGUGUGCGUGCGCUGCUUCGACAAGAUCUGCGCCAACACCUGCGCCGAGUGUCGCAAGCCUAUAGGUGCUGAUGCAAAGGAGCUGACCCAUAAGAACCGCCACUGGCACGAGGGCUGCUUCUGCUGUGCCAAGUGCUACAAGCCGCUGGCCGAUGAGCCUUUCGCUGCCAAGGACGAUGGCAAGAUCAUGUGUGGGAAGUGUGGAGACCGUGACGGAUCGCCUCGCUGCCAGGGCUGCUACAAAGUGAUUACUCCAGGAGCUAAGAAUGUGGAGUACAAGCAUAAAGUCUGGCAUGAAGAGUGUUUCAUCUGCUCUGAGUGCAAGCAGCCAAUCGGCAGCCAGAGCUUCCUGACCAAGGGUGAGGAGAUGUACUGCACUGCCUGCCAUGAGAAGAAGUUUGCCAAGCACUGUGCCCGCUGCAAGGAGGUCAUUAGCAGCGGUGGAAUCAACUAUCAGAACCAGCCUUGGCACUCGGAGUGCUUCGUGUGUAACACAUGCAAGAAACCUCUGGCUGGAACUCGUUUCACGGCCCAUGAAGAUCAGUUCUACUGUGUGAACUGCUAUAAGUCUGAUGUGGCCAAGAAAUGCUCUGGAUGUCAAAAUCCCAUUACAGGAUUUGGCAAAGGAACCAACGUGGUGAACUACGAGGACAAAACCUGGCACGAAUACUGCUUUAAUUGCAAAAAAUGCUCCCUCUCUAUGGCCCACAAACGCUUUGUCAUUAACGGAAAUGACAUCUACUGCCCUGACUGCGCCAAAAAGCUCUGAGGGCCUGAUACAGCUGAUUUAUGUACAAUUAAUAUACAAUAAUAAUGACGUGUUGAAAUCUCACAAAGCUUUGAGUGUUCAAGUUCAGAGAAACCAGUGAGGGUGUUUGCAUUGAUAAAUCACUGGAAGAUUAUGAUUAUUUUUAUCAAGUUCUUGGAGCAGAUAAUAAGUGCUAUAUGAAGGGCUUAUCUUAUGCAAAACAUAUUACUGCAGUCAUAUAUGCAAUCGCUGCAUUAACAAACCUAACAAUACAUUUUAAGCUUCAGUUGUCGCAAUGCUAUAAUGGUGAAACUGUGUGAUGUUACAAUAGGAAUACAACAUGCAUUGUAAAAUACAUUAAGUAAACUCAUUUUGCUUUGUGGAAUUUUUUUUUUGAUUGGUUUCAGGAUAAUUCCUUUGAAAUUUUUUUAUUCAAGUCUUUCUGUUAAUACAACUAAUAAAAAGAGACAAACUGAUGAACAUA